CAUGGCGCUGUCCUGGAGGAGCUGGCUGGCCAACGAGGGGAGCAAGCACCUCUUCCUGGUAGGGGCGGCCCCGGGGGACCCCUCGGCGGGGCUGACCCGCGGAGGAGGCUCAGGAGGGGCCGUUUUUCUGGUUGUCCCUCAAUGUCUGGCUCUUCGGGAAAACCUUCCUGCUUUAUAAUCAAGGGCUGCAGUACUAUUAUUUGCAUCAGAUGUUAGGGCUAGGAUUGUGUAUUAGCAGAGCUUCGGCAUCUGUCCUCAAUCUCAACUGCUGCCUGGUCCUGCUGCCCAUGUGCCGUGUUCUCUUGGCCUUCCUGCGGGGAUCCCAGAAGGUUGCCAGCAAGAAAACCAGAAGGCUGAUAGAUAAAAGCAAAACUUUCCACGUGACGUGUGGUGUUACAAUAUGCAUCUUUUCAGUCUUACAUGUUGCUGCUCAUCUGGUGAAUGCUCUUAACUUCUCUGAAAACUACAAUGAAGAGUUUGUGACACUAAAUGCAGCAAACUAUCGUGGUGAGGACCCGAGGAAACUACUUUUUGCAACUGUUCCAGGUCUGACUGGAGUCAUUAUGGUGUUAGUGUUAUUCCUAAUGUUUACAGCUUCCACUUAUGCCAUCAGAGCUUCAAACUAUGACAUCUUCUGGUAUACACACAACCUUUUCUUUGUCUUCUAUAUGCUGCUGAUGCUGCAUGUUUCUGGGGGAGUGCUCAAGUACCAGACCAACUUAGAGGAACACCCUCCUGGUUGCAUUAAUCCUAACAAAACACUCCUACAGAAUCUGACUGUGCCAAAGGCUUUUGAAGAGCCGUUUCCUGACUAUACUACUGAGCCUUUCCAAGAGGACCUACCAGUACCAGAACCCUUUGUACAAAAUAGCUUUAUGAGAGUCUGUUCCAAGGAACCAAAGUUCCAGUCGCACUUCCCAGAGACAUGGUUCUGGAUUUCCGGACCUCUGUGCCUGUACUGUGUGGAGCGGCUGUACCGAUACAUCCGCAGCAAUAAACCAGUCACAAUAACCUCGGUCAUAAGCCACCCCUCCAAUGUCCUUGAAGUCAGGAUGAUGAAAGAUGACUUUGAAGCAAGGCCUGGUCAGUAUGUUAUUCUCCACUGUCCGAGAGUGUCUGCCCUGGAAAGCCAUCCAUUCACUCUUACAAUGUGCCCUACAGAUACCAAAGCAACGUUUGGGGUCCACCUAAAAGUAGUAGGAGACUGGACAGAAAGAUUUCGGGAUUUACUGCUUCUACAUUCAAAUCAAGAUACAGAGAUUCUGCCCAUCUUUCAGCAGAGACGCUAUCCCAAACUGUAUGUGGAUGGACCUUUUGGAAGUCCCUUUGAGGAAUCCCUGAACUACGAGGUCAGCCUCUGCGUGGCUGGAGGUAUUGGGGUUACACCAUUUGCAUCUGUGCUCAACACACUGCUUGACGGCUGGAAAUGCUACAAGCUCAGAAGACUCUACUUCAUUUGGGUGUGCAGGGACAUUGAGUCUUUCCGCUGGUUUGCAGAUCUGCUCUGUAUGUUGCAUAACAAGCUUUGGCAGGAGAAUCGGCCAGACUAUAUAAAUAUCCAGCUGUACCUCAGUCAAACAGAUGGAAUACAGAAAAUAAUUGGUGAAAAAUACCAAGCUUUAAACUCCAGGCUUUUGAUUGGACGACCCCGGUGGAAGCUCCUGUUUGAUGACAUAGCAAAGUGCAAUAGGAGAAAGACCAUUGGAGUUUUCUGCUGUGGACCAAACAAAAUCUCUAAGAUACUUCAUAAACUGAGCAACAGCAGCAAUUCUUAUGGGACAAGGUUUGAGUACAAUAAAGAAUCCUUCAGCUGAAAGUCUGUUGGAGCAAGACUCUCUAGAAGAUAAAAGUGCAAUUUUUUUGUUUGUACAAUGUAAAAGUUCAUCUGUGGUUUAAACAGACAGAAAUGUACCAAAGAAUAGCACAAAUGUUUUUAUUUAUGAUUAUUUAAGACUGAUGGAUGCAGCAGUAUACCAACAAAUAAUCAGUGCUUUUACACAAAUGCACUCACACAAUAUUUGUGGUGGGAGUGAUUCUUUGGAUUUGUUUCUGUUAAUUAAAAAGUACAGAAGCUGGGGAGAGACACAAUUGCUUUAAAAGCUGAUGGAAGAAGAAUCUCUGGAAUGUUUGAACUUCUUCCACUUCAGUCCUCUGAAGCUGGAUCAGUAAAUGAAAGCCCAGUAUAAUCCAAGUGGCAAAACACAGUGUAUUGCAAAGACUCUUGCUUUUGUUGGUAUACAAAUCUUAUGGCUUUGGGGUGAAAAUACUCCAUAUUAAAGAUUUUAUUAUACAUUGCAGAACUGGGAUUCUGUAUUUAAAAUAUAGAGUGUUACUCUUGCUAGUCUACUUCUGUAAUGAAGUUAACCUAAGAAAAAGUGAGCGCAAUUGUGUAGCACCAGUGGGCAGCCUCUGCUGUGAUGUUCAUCACAGCCUUUUGGCAAGCACACAUCUGUACGUGGAGAACUCUGUAUCUUGCAUCAAUUCAGUAUUCAAUGAGUUUGCAAAAUUAUGAUUUCUGCAGCUAUAAAGAUGGAGCAAGAAAAGCAAUGAUCAGGAGGAGACAGAACCUGAAGUUUUAUUAUACCACACACUCAACGUGAAAGGUGCACUCACUCUUCAUUCCCAUGCCCUGAAUGUCAAAUGCUUCAAGCUUUCAGAUUCUCUGAUUAUUUUACAACACAGCAGGUUGAAAUCCAGUUUUAGAGGACCCAGAGUAUGUUUGAUUGACUGUGAUCCUUUGAGUAUCUUCCCUGGAGCCACCCUUGUUUGCCCUGCUGCCACUGGAAGCAGGAUGAGACCAGAUCUACAGCAGAGUGAGAGCAAACCCUUCAGCUCUGUGGCUCCAUGGAUGAUGUGUGCAGAUAGAAACCUUGCAGGAGCUGCAGUAUGCUUUCAGUUUGUUCCAUAGAGAAAGACCUCAAAACAUCCCAAUUUUAAGCUCUCCUUCCCUUCUCCUCCCCUCAGCUGUUUUCUGCCUGUAAUUGCCAUGGGAGAGCUAAAGGUUGAAAUUGGUACUUCAUAAUUUUUGGUUCUGAGGAGCAUUUUUUUUUCUCCAUCCAAAUAGCCAAUCCAACUUCCUUUAUUUCUUCUUUUCUCCUUUUUCUUAUUUUGCUGAGAUGAGAGCAUUUAAACAGGAAUCAGUCACUUAACUGGCAUAAAUAGGCACCCUUCCAUCAUCUCUUAAUAGAGCAGCAUGGCUUUACCAUGGUGAAAACCUUCCCUUUGAUCUCCAGCAGAAGCCUGGGAGCACUACAGUGUAGCUUUUUGCAGAAUACACAGGCAGAGGCUGGCUUGACAACUCUCCUGUGGUUCAUCUGUAUUUAGGGAGGUACAUUUGAUUCCAUUUACAUCUUUCCAAUGAAGACCUUUUUUUAUUUCAGUGGGAAAGGCUCUAAAUUUCUGCAUGGGACACAGGAGUCUGCAGGUAUCAGUGUGAGUGUUCAGAGGGAAGCAUUUUUCUGGUAGGUGGUGUAUAGGCAUACUGUAAGUAUAACUAGUGAGAAUGAGUUUGGUCUUUGCCUUGGCAGCUUCUGCUCAGGAGUUGCACUCAGUGAGCAACAGGGUGGAGGUGCAUCAGUGAAGCCACAUGUGAAUGUGUUCCUCAGUGUCCAGAUUUGGCACUGGAGUCUUUUCCUCUGGCUCUGCCUGAUUUGAAAUCCAGGGAGGAAGGGAAGAGCCAGAGACAGAUGAAUUCCUACUGACAAAAAUUCUCGAAGUAGCCCAGAUGAGAGAAGCCAAAAUAGAAAUGCAGUGUGAGAUGGGAGCCUACAUUACAGCUACUGAUUUUAAUUUUUUUCUCUGUGAGGCUGAAAGGACCAUUAUUUUCAUAUAGGAUCUCAUUCAUCCCUCACUGUAAAACUGGAGGUGUGCAGCAAAGGAUUAGAUCCUUUUUAAUCUGUAAGAUUUAUUUCUAAUACUGCCUGCAUAGAUUUUAUAAUAAACAUAAAACUGUUGGCAAAACGCGUAGAUACUGGAUAUUGUAGGUCCUGCGUACUUUUUUUGUUUUCUGGCUGUUAGUUUAAAGCAUGAUUGAAAUUAUGCCUGCAUCUGUUACCCACAACUAGAAAGUGAUCUUCUCCUCUAGUUUCAGGAUCUAAUAUCUUAUGCUUUUAAAAUACAGUUUAAGAGUCAUCUAAUCACUAUGUUGUUUGUGGUUUUACAUCUCCUCUGACAGAUAUCAGCUCCACUACCAUAUAAUGAGCAGCUAGUUUUGCAGUUAGCUCUGUGCUAAAGCAGAUUAUGCUUUCUGGCUCAGCUUCUGUAUGGGUAACCCUUUAUAAUUAAAAUAGUAAUACUAGCACUGUGCUCUCACUCUGCAUUGUUGCAGGAGCUGAUGCAGUUUGUAGGCAUUAAACACAUGUUGUUACAUUAAGCAUUGCUGUCACAGCAAGAUCAAAGCAGAUCCAGGCUGUCCUCUUUCUCUCUUUGUGCUGUAUCUGACUCAGCUGACCCACUUGUAAAACAAGCUCUGGACUGUCUGCCUUUCUGGAGCAUUUUGAGGCUUAAUUAAUGUUUUGGGAUCACUUUGGUGCACAAGCAGUGGAGAGAUCUGUCUAAUUCCUAUGCAAAUGUGCUUGUGUUUUAUUUUGGACAAACCUUUCUGUUGCAUAUUUGAGUAAUUGCUAGACCGGGUGAGGAGGAGUUUGGGGAAAGUCUAAAACCUUCGGUUGCUUUUUUCCUUUUCCUUGAACUAUGCUUCUGUAAGAGAGGCAAAAGCUUUCAGGGUUGUUGAGUGACUGUGACUUGGCUUCAGGAGUGGCAAAUAUUAUGACAAACACAAUCUUUCUACAGGCUAUGUUGUCAUUGCUCUUUCUGAGUGUGUCUCCAGCUUGCAAAACAGUGUCAAGCCCUUUUUUAAAUUCCAUUGCUUUUAUAUCUAAAGCCAAGUUAUAUAAAAAUAUAAAAACAUAACUCAGUGCCAGAAAAGUAAGUGAAGGCUGACAGCACUCAACUCCACAUUUGCAGAUCAACUGGAUUUAUGUAAUUGAGCAUCACUUUGCACUUUAAACUGUGUCCUGUGAGUCUGCUAUAAGUGUCCUGCUGGCGAGGGAGGGAUCCCACUCUAUCCUCCCAGUUUUCACUCAGUCUUUCACAAAGCUGCAGACCUUUCAGUGUUUGUUUAGCAGGAUCUUCGUGUUUUAUUCAUCAGAAUUGUUUCAGGACUCUUUUUUUUUUUAGACCAAGAAUGUUUCCGUACCAUGAUGAAAACCAAGCCCUUUCCCUGCAACAAGAAUCCAGCCCUUGUGCAGCAGUGUGGGACUCGGGGCUUUACACAGCUAACAGCAGGAUUAACCAGAUGUACCCAGGACUUACUCCCAUAUCACUGAGAUUACUUGUGUGAGUAAAUGUCCACUGCCACAACAAAGACCAGCAGAGAUGAGCCCUGAUGUUGCAUGGGAAGGCAUGGUGUGGGCUGACCUUCACCACUGGAGUCUGCAGAAUGGUCUGUCCCUCCACGAUGAUUAUUCCAGCCCUGUGUUUAGAGCAACACGUCCCCAUUUCAAUAUGUGGUACUACUACUAGCAUGUGAGUUCCUCCUUGUCUUCUUUCUCCUCUUUAAUCCUCUAGCACAUAGGUGACAAAGAGAAGCUGGCUGAAAGAGGGCAGAUAAUUCAUCAAGUAGCAGACCAGCUGUGUUGGGAACAGUAAUUCAGCUGUAACAGCCUGACAGAGCAGAGAAGUAAUGGUUUAGUAGGACUUGGAGAACAGCAGCCUAAGAGGAAAACGUCUACUCAACAUUUAAUGCACCAGGUUAUAGUUUCAAACCACAAGACAUGGCUUAGAGGAAGCAGACAUGAGGCUAAUAAGUCAUUGCCUAUAGCAGUUCAAGGACCAUAAGUCAGAGAAGAGACAUAGUUAUUAAAAUGCAAUGUUUACUCUUUUGAAAAAUCAAAGGGCUUCUAGGGAGAUUAAUUUUCACUUCAGCCUGGCAAUCAUUUCAUAAACACACAAGUUUGAUAUAAGGCAAGGUGAAUCUGUUCUUCUCUGGAUUAUGCCUCCAAUUUUUCUGCCGAUUUUCCAUCCCUCAUGAUUUCAACCAGUUUUUAGUGUUUUAACCAAGAGAAUUUAAUGAGAAGGUUUAAUCAAAAUGCCACUGGUGCCUGUGCUGAGCUGAGGUUUUCAGCUAUGAAUGCAUAUUUUUCAGGGAUAUGUGUGUGUGUGUGUGUGUGUGUAUAUAUAUAUAUAUAUAUAAAAUAUAGCUGAUGACUCAACUGUGAACUGGGAUUUGGGAUUUGCAUUGUUUCUGCUGUUGGUGUAUUUCAUUAAGGCCACUAUGGUAUGCACGGGCAAAAUGUAUGGAGCUGAAAUGAGACUCUUCAUUCCCAUAAAAAAACUGGUAUUUUAGUGCCUGUACUAAGUGUAGUAAAUCCUAGGAACUGAAAUUUCCUUUGUAGGCACAGCAGAUUAAUUAGCAUCUUUUAAAGUUAAAAACCCUGAAUUCUCUGCUGGAGUGACAUGUAUAAAUAAUGCUCUGACCCAAAGGUUUUGAGCAACAAAUGUUUCUCCUUAAAGGGCAGUGGAUCCUCAAGGUUUGCUCUACCUGAAGUGUGAUAUUCUCUAGAGGGAUCCUAUUUGUAAGAGACAGCUGCUGGGUCUGUGCUAGGAGCAGUGGAUCUGUCCCAUUAGUACACGGGCACAGAGAGAAAGCUGGAAAAAGCCACGUGCCCCAGUUGUAGAUUGCUUCUUAAGAGAGCCCUUGGAUGAGAUGGAAGGCUGGUCCUGAAGCUUCAGGUAAACUGCUGUCAACAGAGCAGCAACCCAAGGAGGGCAGGAGAGGAUGAUGAAUGCCAGCAAUAAACAGGGUAAAAUAUUUUGUGCCUGGGAGCCAAGGGGAGGGAGGAGACAUUCUUCUUAGCUUCUCAAUGUUAGAAAUUAAAAGCAAACCCCAUUUUCUAGAUGUGGAUACAGAGUCUCCCUGGAGGCUGAGAGUUAAUGUAUGCAAAUACAAUGCAUUUCCAUGCACAACUCAGUGCUAAAGCCCAGAAGAAAACUAGUAUAUUUUAGCAAGCACCCUGGAAAUAAGCAAUUCCUUUGAAAUAAAACCUUUACUCUUUCAAGUUAACCUACUUCUAAAAGACAUCUACUUCCAUUCUGCAGCUGUGGAAUUGGGAAAUAGCUUUACCUGUUAACUCCUUUUCACCAGCAUACUGGAGUGUAGAGUUCUCUGUGUCAGCUGUAAGUAGCUUUGACAGUUUGAUAAAUAAAUUUUGUGUCUGCUGCUGCUGACCCUAGGAAAGGACAGCCUUGAGGAUGAGAAGCAGUGUUACAUAAAUGUCUAGUGUACAUAGCAACACUGAGCAGGGAGACGCUGCUGCAUCGCUUUUGGUGCACCAGUCACUCAUUAAAAUUCUGUCAUUGCAAGGUCAUGUUGCUCAUCUCAUACUCUGCAACCCUGGGGAAGAAAUCUGGAUGAGAGGUGGGGGAGGAAAAGUGAAAACUUCCUCUUGUGCUGUAACCAAGAAUAUAUUCAUCGACAGCAGGGCCCAUGUUUUGAUUUCAAAAGAGCAUGCCAUUUCUUUUUCAGGGAUAACAGGUUCCCUCCUGUGCUGUGUCAUGGUGUUUGCAUGUUAGAAGUGUAACACUGAUAACGGGUCGCUUCCAAAUUGAAUAAAUAACGCCUCUGAGCUUUUGCUUCUCCCUUGAAUAUCUGAGAUAGAUCAAAAUACCAGAGAGCAUGUAGAGGGGACUGUGUCCCAAGCUGCACUCGGCACAGCCUGGUUAGGGAUGCUGCACAGCAGCUCUGCAGGCUGCUGGAAGAAGACAAGGCUGAGACUGUGGGUUUGAUCCCCCAAUGGACUUAAAUGGUCCAUUUAAGUCCAAUGGACUUAAAUGAUCCCACUUAAAUGGUGAUCCUGGUGGUGAUCUGGUACAUAGCUCAGACUAUUCUGUGAUUCUGUGUAACUGCUUUAAGGAGAACGUGUCAGUGAUACAUGAUCCAUGGUUGGAAGCAGGCCAGGUCACCACGCUGGCUGUCACAUCUCUGAAGCACAAUGAGUCCCCAGCCAGUCCUAGGUAUGCUUUGGCAAAGGUAGAGUCAGGGGCUCUUGGACUGAGUCUGCAGGAUGAGAUGAAAGGUGUUUUACACAGAGCUGAGUGAGCCUCCUCUGUGCAAUUUCAAGCCUGGAGCUCAGAGCUGCCAUACCUGAGCGUGAAUUGUGUAGGCAAUGAGCUGGUCUGAUCUUUGGGUACAGUCACAAUUCCGUGGUUAGCUGAAGGUAUAGACAUAACCUAUUUCUCUAGCGUCAUAGAAGCAUGUUGUUCAGGGACAGGGAAGCAGGUUAUGUUAUUAUCUCAUUAAGUGUUAGACGCUUGAAAGCAUGUACCUUUUAGAACAGAUGAGGAUGGUGAAUGCUAGCUUACACCCACAACUGAAUAUAUCAUACCCAUUUUUCCAGUAGUGUUCCUGAGGAAUAAUUGGCAAAAUCUCUGCAGAGAAGGCACAAGUACUGCAUUUUUUUCUUUAAUAGUAUCAGAGCAACAUAAUUAACUGCUAAAAAAUAUUUGCUGUGAAUGUGAAGAUUCACACAUGACAUUAUUCUUUUUGGCUGUUUAAGCCCUAGUAACAGUUUGAUACACAGUUUUUGACAAAAAAUAUAAUGCCCCAAAGCUUAAAAAUGAGACUGAGAUGGAACUUGGCAAGGGAUCUCCACCUGAUACUGAAGUAUCAUUGCCUAUUGGAGCUGGAUACAUUUGUUCUUCAUUCGCCUUGGUCUACUCCAUCACUAUGGAACAUUAGAGGGAGGUGAGUUUUCAGACUCUCUCUUCCUCUCUGCAUAUAACCUGAGCAUUCAUCUAGAGAUGUGUUUGAACCUUUGGAUCACUGCAUGCAUCAUUACCCAUGUAUAGUCCUCCUUUUGUGCUCUUUCUCCCUCCACAGCACAAGUUGUAUUAGGAGGCUUUUUACACUCUUUGUUUACCAUAACUCAAGAAAAUGCCAUUUUAGGAAAUGCAGAGAGCCUCAAUUUAAAUUGCAGCAUACACCAGACUGUAUAAUGCUCCUGGUGUGUGCAAUCCACUGGGGUUCUUGAAGUUUCUUUGAUUAGCUUCAGGGAAAUGAGGGGUGCAGCAGCCCGAUGCUGGAGAUGCUUCUGGAAAAUCAGAGGAGGGGCAGUGCUACAAGGGCAGCUAUGUAGAAAAUGGGAAAACUCAUAAGAGCGAAGAUUAUGUCGUCUUCUAAAGAGAAUUGGGGAUUUGGUUUUGUGAGAGUCAGGUCUCUUGUGGCUACCACCGAAAUUAAGUCAUGCUUCUGCUUUCACACAUCGGCAUUUCAGGACACUGGGCAGUGAUGGAAAGGUUUUUUUUUUUUCCAUUACUUUUGCUAUUUCCAUACAGCCCCUACUUUAUCAGCUGCAUAUAAUUUCCUUCUUUCACUGAUUAAAUAUUUCCUCGCCUGGUUUCUUUGCUUCUGGGAGCUUGAGAGCUCAUUGUUUAUAAAGGGAAAGAAGAAGUAUUGUGCUGUUAAGCAGACAACUCCCAACACAUAUGUUCAGCUCUGCAUCAUUGAGAGGGAGGCCCUGAUGCUGCUAUGAGUGCAGAAGGGCAGAGCUUUCACUGAGAUUCAGAUGUGACCAGGACCCUCUUCCACACUUCGUAUAUUGAUGAAGCUCUGGGCUUAUUAAUUAGCUUUUUCUGGAACAGGUAUCCUUCGUCCAAAUGCGUCGGGUUGUGAAACCCUCACUCCCACAGAGCUUUUGUCUCUCUGUUCCUUCUGAUCAUUUGCAGGAGCAAAUUUGAUGAAACACGUUUGGAUAAGAAAUGGUUCUCUUGGUCUGUGAGAAGAAACAUUUGGGUAAGAAGUGGUUCUCUUUCAUUGACGAGAAAAGUGAUAAUUUGGGUAUCUUCCCUCAAACUGAUGUCCAGAAAAAGGAUUUUGAAUGGCCCAGCUGUAUUAGUUCCAUAAUGUGUAUACAGGCAGUUUCUUUCAAGAUCUAUGAUUUUACAUUUUUUAUGUAAAUCUUAUUUCAUUUUCAGAACCAACCAACCAAAAAAAUCUGAAACAUCUUUUUUAAGUUGAAAAGGCUCGUAUGUCCAAAACACAUCUGUUUUAAAAGAAUUCUUCCAAGAUGCCUUAGAGUGCAAACUGACGUGAAAAACCUCAUAUUUUCUAAUAGCAAAGCAUUCUUUGGGUUUGGGGGGGGGGGGGUUGUUUUGUUUUUGGGUUUUCUUUUUUGUUUGUUUGUUUGCUUUUGUUUGUUUUUGUUUGUUUGUUUCCUUUCUAACCUUCAUUAGUGAAAAAGUACAGUUCAAACUAAGCAAUAGUACCACAGUCUGAGCUUCAGCAAUUCAGUAUCUUCCUUUAAAAGCAAAACAUCUCUCUAGGAUCGUGUCUGCACUGUCAUCUGAACCUUCCAGGCAACGUCUGUAGCAGGUCUAGACUUGGGAUGGUGUGAGGAAGAAGACAUGAUCCAUUUUUGUCUUACUUUGGGUAAUUAUUUUGGACUCAAAAGCCAUGUGAGAGUUUGAUGUGGUAAAUAGACCGGAACUGGAUCCACUGGUACGAGUGUGAGUAUGCUGAAAACACCUUAGCCUGUUAUCCCGUAGUCAAAUUAAUUAAAAUCCAAUCUCGGGAGGGAUGUUGUAGGCCACAAAGGAAAUUCUUGCCAUCCCUAAAUCAAUAAACUAAGAUCAGCUUUACAGUUUUUCCUUUAAGAAAUGAGCCCUGGAAGUAGUGAUUUACAGUUAACAUGUAUAAUGUGAUUGAAAAAUUAAUGUAUUUUCUGUAACUGCAGGUCUUAACUUUUUCACUUCUUACCGUAUUCUUCUCUUACUCUUCCCUGUCCCAAAAGGAAGAGACCAGAAAAUUCUGUCUGAACUUCCAGUUCUGUAGUUAUACAUCUUUUCCACUAGAGGUGAAAUAAAAAUAAUUCAUUAAAAAGGAAGGCGACAUUUACUUUUUAUAUCUCUGUACAAUGUGCAAGAUAACCAUUUUGAAAAGUAUUUGCAUAAAUGUCCACAACUUUGAGUACUCAAUGUUCUUUUCAGAGGUGCCUGUUUAUAUUAACAUAAUUUCAAUCCGUUCUUAUGUUUUCAUAGAUCAGGAUGUGGUACAAUUCUUUGAAGAGAAAUGUCUGCUUAGUUUCCAAGUGGAACAGAAAGCAAAAUUUGGUCAUGAACUUGCAUUUGUAAAUUUUUCACUCAGCUUGACUUUAAGAAAAAGAAUAGUACGUAGUGGGUUCAUGUCUAUAACAAGUCAUACUCUUGGAACAGCCCAUUUUGUAGCUUCAGCUUGCUGCCCCCCAGCACAACAGAGGAACUGUGUUUCACUGACUGGAAGGACUUAAAUAUGUUGCUGUUCUACCUACAUGCCUCAUAAACCUUCUAAGAGUAAACAAUAAGCUUUCUUAAUUGUGUCAAUCAACAAUAAGGAGUCUGUUAGUUCCACUAAAAUGAAGGAAAAUUUUUACCAGUUGUCUAUAUAAUAAGGCAGAACUAGAAAACUGAUCAUUAAAAAAGCUCUGGGUUUUUAUUUUUCUGUUUCCUAUUUUCAUAUUUUUGGGGUUUUAUUUAUUCUUGUCUUUUUUGUGAGUCAUGGGCAAAACUCUUUUCCCAUAGUGUCCCUUUCUUAUACAGUGGUGUGGGGGUAGAUGAAAUCCAUUGACUAAAAAAAAAGGACUCAGACAGGGCUCUUGAGCUUUAUUCCAUGUUCUUACAGAGUUUCCCCACAAACCAGUCACUCUGCCUAGGAUUUUCAGAGUAACAUGAAGAAUUCAAAUUCACUGAGAUUUUUAUACCCAACUGCAUUAGGUCUCUUUCUAAAAUCCCGUCUUCUUUUUGCCUACCAGCAAAAUUGGGACAGCCACACCAGAAGAGUUUUUAUUUGCCUGGCCAAUCAAAGUCCUCCAUUAUAAAUUUGUUUAGUUAAAAUACAAAAUCCUGGUUGCAGUGUGGAAAGGAGGCUUCUUGCCCAAAAUACUCAUCUGAAUUAGCCAUUUUAUCUUAAUGGCAUUCCUGACAACUGAAGUACUUGGUUGCUGAGUUCUUUUGCUGUUCAGAUGUUACUUUCACAUUCUGUUAUAUUAGCAGAUCUUCUUAAUGUGAUUUUACAGCUCUUAUUAUAUUUGACAAAGCACCAUAUGUUUAUACACCAUGUAAUUAUGGCACUGUACUCUAAAGGUAUCUACUUUACAGGAUGCUUCAUGACUUUGGAAUAAACCAUUCCAAGACUGAGCAAAACAUGGUUGAGUUGCUGUUUGUGACUUGAUUUCAAUUAA